AACUACUAACUAAAGAAUUCACCACUCUCAAAGAGAAAAUUACGCAAAAACUCCAAGCCCACCAGCAAACGAUUACGGAAACCAACACUAAACUUCAAGAAUCUAAUCGCAAAGUGGAAGAACUAACUAAAGAAAACUCCGAAAAUGAAAAAGUUUUAGAGCAAUUACUGAAAGAAUUUAAAGAACUCAGUCAACAAUUAGAAUAA